AUGGGCUCCGUGGUGGGCCGUUGGUCCAAAGCUUCCAGGGCCUCUGUGGAGAAUGGGGUGGAUGCGGGCGACGCGGGCAAUGCGGGCAAUGCGGGCGAUGCGGGCGAUGCCGAGCGCCCCUUGGCCUUGCAAGUGGGCUUCGUCGACGGUUCGGAAAUGGUGCUCACACUCCCAGGCGUGACACUGCGCAGUGUCACGGGUCGCAGGAGUUUGGAGGACUUGCUCCUUCAGCUCGGAAAGCAACUCGACUACCCACCAAAGCAUCUGGUGCUGACCCUGGAUUCGCGGAGCUUCUCGGCGGACGACUGGGAAAAAAGCCUGGAAGAGCUUGGGAUCCACGAGGCCUCCCGGCUUCUCUGCGUGAAAACCUCGCCCCUGAGCCGAGCUUUGCCCGCAUCCACGCACUUUGCUCGCGCCACCGCGCCGUCGGCUUCGUCGGAUCAGGUGUCACUCUACUUUGAGCUGGCGGCGGAGGGAUGGCGGGACUUCCCCUGGCGGGGCCCAGUGGACAUCGCACUGAAUGCCACGGUGGGCGAUCUAUGGGAAGACGCACAGCGGAUCCUUAUGGAGGUUGCCGACGCUUGGUGGAAACUUGGAAGACAGGAAGCAGAACGAGAGAGUCUUACGUCACGUCACCGCCACGCCGUGCCCUUCUUCGGAGGAGGCGGCGCCGCCGCCGCCCCGGUACAACCCCCUCUACGACCUGCGCCAACGGCUGACGAUGCUCAUGUGGGGCACGCUUUCGCUGGAGCGCUUCCAUCCGAAGGAGACCCUUACCCUUGUGCACACCCAUGGCAGGCCCGGGCAGGCCGUGUGCAAGAAAGUGCUGGCAGAGCUACGCUUCCCUUCGGGCGAUGCUUUGAGAGAUGGGGAUUGCUUCCGAGUGUACUCGGCAUUGGACUAGUUUCUCAGGAAGCUGCACCAGCCAGCCUGAAUUGGGCACGCUGCGAUUUGCAUGCCCUGCCUGGGACUGCCGGACAUGUGAGCAUCGAUCAUUGCUCACAGCAUCUCACAGCUAUCACAGCAUGGCCUGUGGUUUGA